GAUGCUAGAGAGCAACUACUUCUUGAUUUUGUUGCAUUCAUCUACAAUGAAAAUAAUCCCAGGAGAAUUGACCUGGCUUUUGGUUUACUUGGAAGUUUAGUCGAAACCUCAUUGCUUCCUUCCAGGUAGUAACAACAUCAGAUUUUUUAACAUAUUAGUCAUGGAGCAGCUUUAAGUACUAAAAUGAAAAUUCUGUGUAGAUCUUCCUUAAUGUCUUAAUUUUUUCGUUUUUAUAGAGAAAUAGAGUAGGAAGAAGUUGUGAAAACCAAUCCAAAUUCUUUUGGGGAGAUCCAUUCCAUAUUUUUCAAAUACAGUAGAUGCUUUCACCACAUGAACAUGUUCUUUCAGGAUUUUUUUUUUCAGGAGUUUUUGCAGUCUGUUUAAAUAGAAAGUAUUAUUUCACUGGAGGAUUUAAUCUUUAUCCACUCAUCUGAUACCAAUCAGUUAACAUAUUCAAUUUAUACAAAUGUAUUGCAUAAGGUUAAUCUUCUGAGCCAUUUUGCUGUAGUUUGCAAAAAAAUUUAAAAAAUAAUAAUAAUAAUACUUACUGGGACAUCAUCACACUUACAUGUUUAGGGCAAGACUGAAUGAAUUUCCACUUUGUGGUUAGGUUGGUGUGUGAUGCGAUUCUUAAAACACCUCAUUUGAGUUUUCACAAAGAGGUGAUGUGGAACAAGUCUUUUCAGCUUCUUUUGAAGAUCGUUGGUGGAGUUGAUUACAAGGUGAGGAAAAGUUAAAGUCCUGUUUUGUUUAGUUACUGCAUUUAUUGAUUUAUUUCCAAACUGCCUUUGUUUGCCUUUGUUCUGAAAAGGACUUAACAAAUACAUCUACACUUCAUAAGUUGGCAGCUUAUUAAUAGUACUAGAGUUAUAUUGUAGCAGAUGCAUAUUUUUCUUGGAUCCAAACAUGAAUUUCUCUGAAAUUAGAAUAAUUUUUAUUUUGUGCCGCAGAGUUGUCGUGACAUUCUCAGUUUGGUGUUCCAAAGAUUUCAUACCAUUCCAGCUUCUUCUGAUGCUGCAUACACAGACCGUAUACAGGCCUGUGUCAAGGUACCCUAAGUUAAUAAAUUUUGAAUGCUUUGUAAGCUUCUUGGUAAAUUCAGCAUUUAACUUGCUUCCAAAUUCCAGUUUGACCUUUAUUAAAUGGACACUUAUAAAACAAGUUUCUCAGAGCUUCUAACUGUUUUGUGGGUAUGAAAAUUAAGGAAAGUUUUACAAUGUGUAGUUCCAGAAAAUAUCCAGACCCCCACCACGGAGGGAAUUUCAGUUAGGACCCCUCCACCUCCCUGGAUUUUCCAUUUUUGCAGGGGACUGAUGGCCCCCCCACCCCUCCGGAAUUUCCACAAGUAUGACAAAGACCCCCCAGCCCCUCUGGAAAAGUUCAUUUUCACAAAGAAAGACUAUUACCGUAGAAGAAUGAGGCCAUUUAUGGCUAGUACGCAAUGGUUUCCAUCAGGAGCUUGUAUGCUUCUGUUUCCAUUUAUUUGAGUGAUCUCGCAACAUUAAAACACACUACACCACCACCAAGUAACCUAAUCUCCCAGGGGGGGCACUUGGGUAUUUUUGGGGUGGGUAUGUGCCGCCUGGGACUCCAAAUUGGCACCCCGUUCUAAAAAAAAUUUCCCCUAAAAUUGAUACCCCGUUCUAGAAUUCGCCCUAAAACUGAUACCCCAUUCUAGAAAUGGGCCAAUUUUUUAUACUCCGUUCUAGGGUGCAAAGAGUAUAACAGUUUGCAUGUUAACGCAUUGAACCGUAUUUUUAAAAGCAAUUUGUCCUUGAAUAAUUUCAAUUGGCUGCUUACAAAACUGGAGCUUUCGUGCGUUCGAAAUAUUAUACCCCGUUCUAGAAAACGCCUCUGAAAUGGGUACCCCAUUCUAAAUCAGGAGCUUCAAAAUCAUGACCCCGUUGGGCGGCACAUACCCGUAUAGGUAAUGUAUGGGAGUACCCCCCCCCCCCGGUCUAAUCUGCAAUUUUUGCUCAUCCCUUACUUUAAAAGAAACAGAUAUAGUCAAUAAGUCAGUUAUAUUUGUGAAUUUACCUUAAUCAUGGUAGCUUACGAUUUGUUAUUUGUCUUCAUGGGCGUAAUGCUGAUAGAAUUAACGCCAUUUCGUGCGGAAAUGCAGAACAAGUCAAACUUUCAACCACAAAAUUAAGGCAGAACAAACAGAAGAAUAAAAGCUCUGAAUUCUGAAAUGAUAACAAUGAAUACCCCCUGCAUCCUGAAGGGAAAAGUUCAAUUUACUGUUUUUUUAUCGACUCAUGCUACGUGAUGCGGGAUGGCCGUAAUGUUUGGUGAAAUCGACACCAUAUGAGCAAGAAUUCGAUCAGGAACAUGCCACACCUUCAACCACAAAAUUAAGGGAAAAUGAAAAGGAGAAUAAAAACUCUACAUUCUAAAAUGGUUACAAUGUAUAGCUUGUGCUUCAUGAAGCAAAAUUGCUACUCUACUGUUCUUCAAUUGAUCGACUGACACAACAUGAUGUGUUGCACGUGUUGAUGUCUUGAGGGAGACUGAUAACGAGUAAUGGCAGCCAAAUAUACGAGCAUGAGAUAAAACGAGUUGUAGUCGGUCUAAUUCCUUUGAAAUUGCAUCCAGAACGCUUUUGGAAGAAAGGAAACUUGGUUAAGAUCAAAAGGAACAAUCUUAAAUGAUAUAUUUAAGUUAUUUAUGUCCUAAAAAUGAUCUACCAGGUCGGUAAGAAGCAAUUUUCGAACUCAGGUCGAAAACGAAAUGAUAUUGCCUCCCUGGAAAGUGAUUUUAUUGUCCAACCCCGCUCCUCCAACCCCCCUCCCCUCUGGAAUUUCCUGGGCCUCUGACCUAGCCUGCGAGCAAGCUCUCCUAUUUGGGCGAGCAAAGCGAGCCGCGCGAGAACUCGCGAGCGAGCGGCGGAGCCGCGAGGGGCCGGCGAAAGGAGAGCUUGCAACCAUCCCUUUCAAAUUUUCAUUUGUACUUCGCCUAGACGAAGGGAAAUACCAUUGGCUGAAAAAUGAUGUUCCGGAAAUCAAAGUUGAUUGAUAACAGGCCAAGCUGGCACCCGCUUCGUCUGUGUGUCAAAUUUGGUUGUCAGGGGGAUCAGAUUGGUACCGAGAACUUGUUUCAGCCCUCAAUGCAGACGGGCUCGUUUGAUGUAAUUCUCGCAAAGAGAAUAUUGCGUGCCAAGGAUAAGUCGGAUCGAGUUUGUAGUUCUUGUGGAAGGACAAUGAAAAUCCUUCAUCAGUUGUAUUCAUUUGUGUCAAGCCCCUUGUUUAGUUCUGAAAACCGGGAGAGUGAAAGUGAAGAGUGACUAAAGCGCUGUCUUCCAACAUCAGUUUCUUCGCACGAUUGAAUUCUGCUGGGUAGAAAAAUUCAGAAACAUGUACUUGACAGUGUAGCUGUGUAGCUUGACCGUAAAGAAGGAAAAGAGAAAGAGUUGGAAGCAACUGGAGUAAACCUUAAGAGAACCAAGUGCAGGAAAUCGCUUUUCUCCAGUUCCAGACGGACAAAUAUAUGAUGUUUUUGUUGGUGAUUGCGAUGGGGAGUAGUCCUCUACACUGCAGUAUGGACGACUUUUCAAAAGUAAACGAAACGAGAAUCAAAGUAGUGAGUUCUUAUCCGAGCGGACACAUUGAAGUUCGAUGUCCCCGUAAAAAAAAACAUAUCAGUGAUUAAAAACAUUUCCUUGAUGCUGUUGCGAAAGCGAUUUAUAAAUAAAUAAUUCUAUGCGCCCUCGGCUGUCUAAACUUACUUGACAGGCGGCACGUUUGCGGUGACAGUUUUCACGCUUUGCGGAGUCCCGGGGUUUCCGGGGUGGAAAUGAAAAUUUCAAAGGGAUGGUUGCAAGCUCUCCUUUCCUCGGCCCCUCGCUCGCACGUUCUCGCGAGGCUCGCUUCGCUUGCCCAAAUAGGAGAGCUUGCUCGCAGGCUACCUCUGACCCCCCCCACCCCCCUGGAAUUUCCAAUUCCCUCCGUGGUGGGAGUCUGGAUAUUUUCUGGAACCACACAAUACAAUAAAUAUUGCAAAACACAGUUAAUGGAAUGAGACACUAUUGGCAUGGUGGGACAUCUCUACGUGAUGUACUCUAGACCUGUCACUGUAUCAUUGUUGUGUUCUGAUCAACAGUUAAAUGUACAUCGCAGUAAUCUAUUUGUCACCUCUUUCUGGAGGCAAAUUAGUUUGCCUUCUCUGAAUGGCUAAACCAGUGAAUGCUUCUUUAAUUGUUAUGUCUUCUUUGAUGUGAUAUACUUUUAGUACAAUCCUAGGUGUGCUGCUGCUGCUGCAGCACAUUGUUGUGUUGUGUUGUUAGCCUAGGCUUCAGCUUGUAGAAGUGCCAGGGAAGUGAGGCUUUAAAAAGAUCAUGCAAUGGAAGUCAACAGUUAUGCCACUCUCCAAGCAGUGUUCCCCCAAUUAAUGCCAAAUGUGUGUAGUUGUCCAGUUUCUUUAGUUGCUCUACAUUUUCUUUAUUGCUCAGGCAUUUAGUUACUUGCAACAGAACACUUGCAUGAAAUAUUUACAAAGUGCUCUCACUUUCUUGUUCAUUUCCUCUCUUUUUGUUUGCAGAUUGUGCGCUAUAUUCUAGACCGAAAUGCUUGUCUUUUACCUGCCUACUUUGUUGUUAAUGAGGUAUGAGGCAUUAUAAAAUAUUAUGAGAUUAAUAUCCUCUAUAAUUUGUUCAGUCAAGAAUAGUUGAUGCAGAUAUACACAGUCAUAUGAACAUUUUUUCCCUUUAAGCUCCAAUAACCACAAACAAAUUCUUCAAACUGAUCUCCAUACAUUUCUUGGAGGAAUUUGUGGAGAGAAUUUGAUAAAAGAUCAGAGCAUCUUCUCUUAAGUUAUCAUUCUGUUAAUUCUCCUAACCUUUUCUUUAGGAGAAAAUUGAUGUAGGUCACUUGUGGGACUUAAAGGGUUGUUCUAGUACAAGUUGAUUUACACUUGUUAUGUUUCUUUUCUCUUUGUAGAUUUACAAGAAUUUUCCUAAAGGAAAAGUCAAACCUCACUGGGUAUGUGCUUAAGUUUCAACACGUUCUUAUGCCGGUAAUCAGUAUGAUUGUGUUCUAGUUUACCUUUAUUCCAGCUAACAAAGUACUUGUUUUUCCCUGCCACAACAUUAAUUUAGUCUUUUGGUAAUUUGUUUGAUAGGCAAUUGCAAAACUACUUUCAGAUUUUACAGAAUCAUUCAGACCACUUGCAAACAUUGUGUCUGUAACAGGUAGGUUGUAAUAAUUAAUAUUAUUAAUAGGUAAAAAAAAAUAUAUCACUGUCCAUGGCCUCCUUAUAAGCACUGCAACAAUGGCAUCGCUAUUUGCACAUCUCAAGGAUUAUGUUUUUGUAUAUAUAACUACGUGUAUAUAGUGUUCAAAAUUUGCUUAAAAUGAUUAAACUGUGCCAUUACCUUUUCAUUUAUUUAGAAAUUCAUUAAUAUUUUUGAUGUUCAUUUAAAUGUACACUUAACCACUUAUCUCACCACAGGCCGACCAUCUCUUCUUCCUGUGAUUGGACAUCCUGGUUCUUCCAUUUCUGUGUGGAAAUUGGACCCUAACUCUCUCAGUUUCCCUCUGAAAGGACUACUGCCAUAUGACAAAGUAUGCCUAACAGUUUUACUGAUCACAUUAAAGUUUAGUUUUCUGUAAGAGUUCAUUCAAAACCAAACUUUCAAAUGAUGACAUUUUUUGACUGUUACUUCUGUCUCUGCCAAAAUGUACAAGCAACAGCAGCAAAUACAUGUCUGUGUUCACAGGCUACCCCAAAAAUAUAUGGUGGUCUCUCACUAAACACAAUCCUGAGCAGUAGUAUGGAAACUUCGGUAAAUUUUGCAGACACUUUGGUGUUCCGUUAAGGAGUUUCAAUUGCAUUAAUAAUUAUCUGCUCAAUUAUUCAAAUAUGGCAUUGGGUGAAGGCUCAGGAAUUAUGCUUCACUGGCAUUGAAGUUUAUGAUGCAGGGAUGUCACUAAGAUUUCAAGUUGCUGCGUAAAUACAACAAGUAGGUGGGGAAAUAGAACAGCUAGGGAUUUCUUUUGGUUCUAUUUUUCUUCUACUUUCCAAUGAAAGUAGCCAGGGGCCACAUUCAUUGUAGGCGGGGGAAAUUCCUGGCCCCAGCCUCUUAUUGAGAGCCCUCAUAAUGGUCACAUAUGAGAUCCAGAAAUGCCAUGCAGCUGUACAUAUAAGAAGGUUCUUGACUAUAAUGAUUUGACUUUAACAAUAAUUGUUAUUAUUUGUAUGAAUACAUGGUGACCUAGUUUUUUCCUGAUUGAGCAGGAUCUUGUGGAACCUCAGACUAAACUGUUGCAGUACGUGAUUGCUCAGCCCUAUUCCCGUGAUGUGAUCUGUACCAUGUUGGGACUUAAUAAGCAGGUUUGGUUUUUUGAAUCAUUAUCUUCAAUCUAUGAAGUGGAAAAAAAACUUUUUGAUCGGUUGGAAAGCUAAAUCAAACACUGUGAAUAGUAUUUUGGUUUAAAAGAGUUACCGGUAACUAACAUCUUGAGGGAACACAUUUUUUGUGUUUAAUCUACUUUUGCUGCAAAAAGUAACGUACUUUGCAGUUAAGUGCCUAUCACUGACCAGGUCAAGUGUCUGACAAAUUGUAUGUCUUUUUCUUCCCAGCAAAAGCAGCGAUGUCCAGCUAUAGAGGAACUCUUGGUUGACUUGAUAGUUCUAGCAAUGGAAAGAUCAGAAGAGAAUGAAGCCAGCAUGAUGGAAACUGGAUGCCAGCUGUGGCAUCACUUGUCUAGCCACCUAAUUUUCUUUGUGCUUUUUCAGUUUGCCAGCUUUCCACACAUGGUCAUGUCCCUUUAUACAAAGGUACGAAAUAAUAAGUCUGUGGAUUACAGGAUAGCAUGCUUAAACCUACGUACUAGAAACAACAAUUUCAAAUGCUGCCUUAUGUGGCCUAAACAGGAAUGUGCCAUCCAAUAGAGUGUUGUUUUGGGGUACUUGAGUCUUAAACAAGGUAUAGGUUUGUUGUGAUUCAAUUUUAUCCUUGGUUUAAAUUUCAUUUUCCUUAGUUUGUUUCAAACUCAUUAUCAUACAUUACCAUACCCAAAAACAAAGGAAAAUGAAAUUUAAACAAAAGAUAAAAUUAAACCACAACUCAUACAAAAUAUUUCACUUAUUUAAACUCUUGAAUGGAGGUCUUUCUGGACCACACCAGAAACCUUGAACAGGGUGUGAACAUUAUAUUUUUGUAGUUUGUGGUCUACAUGUGUGGUAUCAACAUUUUUUUAAAAAAUCUAAUUAAUUUAUAAUGUCAGAAUUCAGCAACUACAAAUUUCUGAAUGUAAAACAAAAUGAAUUCAAACCAUGAAUAAAGAUCUGCUGUGUUAAGCAGGGUCAGUGUUUGGAAGUCUCGGCAGCACACCCCUGCCCAGACUUCCCGUGAGUGGUGCCCCCCUGGAGAGCUACAGCAAGAAAACACUACACUGCACCUACUUGAUAUGUUAAAUGGAAAUUAAAGACCUUUAGGUUAUGGAAAAGUUCUAGAAGUCACUUAUCACCUUGCACGUUAAACCCUCUGCACUGCUUACUCUCUUAGACAUCAUUGAGACCAGCACUAAGUGGUCCUAAGUAUAUGUUGUAGAAAAAUGUUUGCCUUAUGGAGGGUCAAAGAAAGUCUCUAAAGAAUGACAGGCCAACUUAAAGUGGCCUUUUGGGGAGACGUCUCGUAAAGGGUUUUGUCAAGAGAAAGAUUAUUGGUGGCAUUUUAAGGACUACUUUUAAUGCUAAUAAUCAUGAAUUAAUAAUGCUGAUUGUUACAUAAUGUGUCCCUUUUUUGUUUUUUUUUUUUCAGCUUAGUGGGAGAAAUCUCAAGAAAGGAAGGGACCAUCUAAUGUGGGUUUUACUGCAGUUCAUCUCUGGAAGCAUCCAGAAAAAUCCUGUAAGUUUAAUGGACUACUGACAGCGGCUUCUUAUAUUUUUGUUUUUCCUAUUCACCACCUGCUAUCAAACUGUUGGUCUGGCAUUACCUUAUCUUCUGGGUUAGGAUUUAUGUGAUACGGUGCUAACAAUAGAGAGAUUUAGAAUCACAUUAUGGCAAACAGCAAAUUUUAGUUUGUAUCAUAUAUAUGACCAAGUAUCUCUAUUUGUGAGCUGAAGUUACAGUGUCGGUAUUCUCAUCAGCAUUUGGUGAUUUUUGUUCUGAAAACUAGUUUCGUAGUUUGGUGUUUUUAAUGAUGACAAUGUCAAUAUUUUAGUAAUCAAUAAAUGAAUCAGUCAGACCUUUUACCUGGGUUUAACACUGUGUUGUAUUCUUUGUCUUGUACUUUUAGCUGAGCGAUUUCAAGCCAGUAAUGAAGCUCUUUGAUUUACUUUAUCCAGAAAAGCAGGUUGGCUUAGUUGUAUAAACAAUGAAAUUUUAGUUGCAUAGACAAUGAAAUCUAUGACUGACCUUUUUGUUUCUGUUUCAGCCACUGCCGGUGCCAGACAUAUCUGUUGCUGAUUCUGUUCAUUCACUGGCCAUGUCCUGCAUCUGGGUCCACUUAGCAAAGAAGGUGACACUCAAAAUAAUCAGUGAUAACGCAACCCAAUAUUAUCCCUUUUUUAGGUACAACAGCGUUAAGACAGAAACGCAGGUUUGGUUUGAAAAUUGAACUGAUUUCCCUGAUAUGCAAGCAGUGUCAAAAUCGUGAAUUCUUUUGUAUCAGUGAAGUAGUUCUGCCCAGUCUCACUUUCUUUUGUUGCACUCAGCAUUAGAUCUUUUGUUAAAAUAGACAAUGUGCAUUGUAAGUCUAACCUGUGAUCAGGCGUUCUUUUUUUGGUGAAGGGGGGGGGGGGGAGCAUGGUAGUCUGUGGAAUGAUAAAGGGGAAAAAACAGCAAAAAUUUAAAAAUCGUCACUCCCCCCUUUAAGUUCUCGUCUAAGACAAUGAAUUGUCUGAGGUGCUGCAUGUAGCUUUUAAGAUACACUAACUGCAGACUGAAUUAUAUACAUGUCUUCAGGGGCUCUUAAAUUACCUCAAUAAGAAAUCAGGACUAUUUGUUGACUUCUCGAACCUUACCAGUAUUUAACUUCUCUAUCAAGGCUCAGUCCGAGAAUGUGAUCUGGAGACCAGCUGUCCCUCACACACUAAAGGAUCAAAUAGAGUGAGUUCAGCUAUCAGUAAGAGUUGCCAUUAUCUGCUUCUUGUUGCUGCAUGUUGCUUAGCUCAAACAGUGUGGUUCAUUUUUAUCCUUGGUCAACUUUCAUUUUCAUUUGUAGUUUUUUACUCAGUAACAUACCUUACGAUGCACAAAAACUAACUGAGGUAAAAUUUAACCAGAGAUGAAAUAAACCACAGAAAACCUGUAUAUGUUGUAUCACGCCUUACCCAUUGGCUGAACAUUAUUUUUUACAAACAUUUUUUUGAAUGCACGUAAGGUUUCAACACGUUGUUUACCCUGGCUUGAUUAGGUUUUCUGAUGGACUGGACAGAUGAACAGUUUACAAUUGUGCCAUUGAGUAGUAAAUGUAAAGGAGUUUUAUGUGAUUUUAGAUUCGUUAGCUUAUGUUUUUCGUCUAACAUUUCAGGUUCAUACAACUGUGCUCAAGAACAGCAACUGGUGCUUUCUCGAUGUCCAAUUUUAAGAUUCCCCUUCUCUGUAAUGCCUGUAAGUUUAACAACAAUUUCACGAAUUUUUAGUCUUUUCAGCCUUCGGUCGUUUCAGCUUGCCAUAAGUCCGUCAGCGCAGGGAAAUGUAAAUUUGGAAAUUAGGUAAUCUGAAUAAAUGUUAGCUCGCACUAUAACGUCAAUUUUUGUCUACCACUUUUUUAUAUAUUGCCUUCUGCUUUGGUUAAACCAAAUGGCACCGAACGUCGUACAAAAAUAAUAAAUAAAAUGAAUAAAUAACUGGUUGUGCGAGUAUUCCUCGUCGUCCGCAAAAUGUUUCUACCGACCGAAGGUUCCAAAUAUGCUAAUUGUUUUUUUUUUUUCACCACUUACCGUGUGUCAAUUCAAUAAUUCAGUUGUUUUGUUUGCUCCUCAUAACAACAGACAGCACAAACCCCGACUGUUUUACUGUGCCAAUGGCUGUAUUGGUAGAGAUGUGUUAUGGAAACAACAAAGCCACCACACAAUUACCUGGUCCCUCAAACACCCUUGCUGCUGCACCAACAGUGCCCUGUCCAAUGAGUCUACUCGACUCGCUGACCGUACAUGCAAAGAUGAGGUCAGUCUCACUGUGAAUUUACGGUUAGAACAAUGUAGAGGAAUUUUAAUUAGGAUAAUUCACUUGUUGCUGUAGUUUUAGACUACCCUGUUCAAGGCUACUGAAAGAAAUUUCUUUCGUUUUUCAUGUAACAGCCCUGAUUGCGUCAGGUCGCAAAGAGUACUUUUACAGUUUAAAAAGUGACAAUAAAGGAUAGUAUUGUGUUAGGUAUACAGCCCAAAAACCAGUUCGACUGACUAUCUUUCCGAAAUAAGACUACGGAAUUAUCUCUUGAGCGAAUAUUAGGCUACGAGGAGUCUCUCAUUUUCCCCAUGGAGAGCAGAGCGAGGGAAAUACGUGGGAGUACGUGAAAAUAGCCGCUCGCGGGGAAUGAGAUACUGUAAUAAUUUUUAGUAAUAAUCAGGCCUUUAGCCGUUGUAUUCUUGUACCGGCGAAAUUCGCUCAAUAUCAGUUUACCCAGUUACGUCUCAGCUGUGUGGAUUUCUUGCGAACUUCACGGUCAAAUUAUUUCGUUGUCGCAUGCGUGACCAUGUGACUCAAGUAUUAAAGUGGUAAUCCUGUGUGCGAACUCUGUGUUUUCUUUUUAGCCUUAUUCACAGUAUUGUCAAUCGUAUCAUCAAACUGGGUAAUUCUCAGUCACCCAUUGCUCUGGCUCCAGCCCUGGUAGAAACAUACAGUCGCCUGCUUGUCUAUAUGGAGAUCGAGUCACUUGGAAUCAAAGGAUUCAUAAGUAAGGCUCAUAAAUAAAGUUCUCUUUUUUGGCCCUUUUUUACUCCUUUUGUAGUUGGAUGCCCGUAAUAUUUUGCGUUGAUAGUUAUGCCAUCAAAGCAAAAGCUCUCUGAACCCUUUAAAAACUCUAAUAUCAAAGUCACUUCCCGUUUCUUGAACCCUUUCAUUUACCAAGGUCAAACAAAAGAAAUCUGCAUAAGCUAAGCAAAGUACAGCUGUGCUUCAGAGCUUAAAUUGUCAUUUUCUCUUAUUAAAGUUUGAUAUAUUUCCAAUGGUGCCAAUUUACUAAACGUUUUGAAAAAUUACUAAAAAAGUUGGAAGAGUUUGAAAACUGAAGAACUGCAGAAUUGUCGGCGCCAUUCAUUUUGGCUCGGUAGUUAGACAAUUUUGCUCGAGCGUGAGGAUUUUCGACCAAAAGAUUGUGCGAAAAACAAAAAGACAGUAACGUGAACGGCUAACUAGUCUAUAUAUGUCAUCCUUGGCCAUGUUUCCACUUAUAUUAAACGCAGUCCCACUAAAUAAAACGAAAAGCUCCUCAUGUGAUUGACCGCGAAAGAUCCCUAAUAAUAUAUAUAGCCUGGGAGAAGAGCCGACAUUUCGUGACGUCACCACUGGUUUCCACUGUAAAUGACGUCUGAGAAACGAGUUCAGAAAUCCCAUCCGAUGACGUGUCACUACGCAGAUCUGGGUAGUGCUUCUGAUUAGUCAUGCCACGAGAAAAAAUUUGCUUCAACCAAUCAGAAGCACCACCUAGACCUGCGUGUCGACCUGCGUAGUGACACGUCUUCUGUGUGGAAUUUCUGCGCCCGUUUCUCAGACGUCAUUCCGCGGCAAAACCAGUGGCGGGGUCUCGAAAUGUCGGCUGUUUCACUGCUUUUUUGUCUGGUUACUAAUGAUACUUACAGAGAUAGUAAGGGUUUAUUAAUAUUUUGUUUUUCUUUCAGGUACUUUACUUCCCAAUGUAUUUAAGAGUCACGCUUGGGGAAUUCUUCACACGUUGCUAGAGAUGUUCAGUUACCGUCUGCAUCACAUACAGCCUCAUUACAGAGUCACGUUACUCUCUCAUCUACACUCACUUGCUGCAGUGCCGCAUACUAAUCAGAACCAGCUUCAUCUCUGGUAAUUCUCAUCUCAUCUCAUUUUAUCAUGCACACUGUUAUGGUUGUACCGUUUUAUUUAGCAGCAGAAGCGGUUUUUUCUCCUGGAACAAUAAACUUUGGCUGUUUUUAUUUUGAACCAGAGAAAGAGUCUGUCAUCAAACAAAGUUAAAUUUUCCGUCCAUGAUAAAGAGCUUAUGCGAAACAAAUCAGGGAGGACAUUUACCUUGUUAACACCCCCUUUGGUAAAUUAUUUUGCCAUGAAUAAGUGCGUUGCGGAAAAUGCUAAGGAUUUCGUAAUUUUUCGCAUUCUCAGUGUGAGAUACGGUAUAAUAAUAAUGAUGGUGAUGAUGAUGAUGAUGAUAAUUUUGUUACAGGCGCUUAAUGCUUUACCCAGCUGUUUGUCAUAAUUCUAAGGACAAGAUAGGAACUACGUCACAACAUCUUAUUGUCUAAUGUGCGUUCAAUUUAUGUUAUUAAUGGAUAAAAUUGUCGUUUGAUCAACAGCGUUGAAAGCACUGCUCUCAGACUCAUCACUGGAUUGGGAAGCUCUGAAGUACAGCCGCAGCUGUCGCGUUUUAAUACUGAACCGAAACAGGUACUCAUUAAUUGAGGUUACUCCGGUUUAACGAUAUAUGUAUAUUUAUUUGGACACAAAUGGCAUUGAAUGUUUUAAUGCAGCGCUAGCCAGAGGCGGUUGUGAAAACGUUUGUGAGAGUGAUGCCUGGGGUUGUGAAGACGUUUGUGAGCGUGAUGCCUGGGGUUUCAUCUCAGUGUGUAACAUUGGAAUUUAAAGGGGAAGUACAUAGGUUGAAAAAAUAACAUGUAACAUACUCAGAAACAAACAAACAAAAUUCCGAUAAAUUCUGUCAAGGCUCUGCUACCUCUGAAACGUGAAAAAUUAGUAGCUGAAUGGCUUUAGCUAACUUUCGCUUAAUUUCCACGAGCAAGGAAAACAUUUUCAUAGCUUUCUUUAAAUUCAUUGAACUUGCUAAUAUGGUUCUCCAUAAAAUUUAUUUCCAAGCUUCUGUCUGCUGAGUCUGAGGAGCUGAACCGAGCCCUUGUGCUCACCAUCGCACGUGCUAUGCAUAUCACGAGUAAGUAGUAUUUUUACUUUACAGGAAUUCCACGUGAUUUUCGAGUGUACACUAUGCUAAAAUUUGGUUUCACUUCAUAAGAUUCUAGACCAUGGAAAAUUGUUGUCUUUUUGUCUAGUUCCCCUUUGGCUUCUAUAAAAAUCGCCGUCUUUGAGCUGACCUUAACACCAUUAUAGUAUGUAUUUAAUCGAGCCUCAACACCAUUGUAUUGGGCUUGCGCCAAACGCGAAAAAACAUUUCAUGUCCCAUGCAGCCGUAAUUUGGGUCGUCGCUCAACGGUCCCACAACAAUUGCUUCAUAUUGGCGAAAAGUGUGUUAAGUGUAGAUUCACUCCUGCCUGAAUGAAAAAGAAUCGCGAAAUUUUUUCAGUACUUACAAAGUGUUCUUUAACAAAGCAAAUUACUUCACAGAUUCUGAAUCAACUGUCAGCUGGUAUGAAGGGAUCAUGGGAUCGCUGAUCGCUAACACUCCUCACAGGUAUACGUGCAAUUCGACCCUAUUCCUCCUACAGUUUGCGUACAGAUUUCAGAUUAAGCUACCUUUUCUUACUCUUACCAUAUACCGCUUGUUCUUUCUGGUACGAUUAGUCGAGGUCCAAUCUUAGAGAUCUGUAAAAGAGUAAUGACCUGGAUCACACGAUGUCGUAAUCAGUCUUCUACUUGUGCGAUGGAAUGAUCACUUAACUAAGAUGCACAGAUUCUCUUUUUCUAUAGUUCUCACAUUACCUUGUUUUCAACUGGGGUCGAUAAAGACGAACCACCGCCAGGGCCAAAUUAUAAAAGUCGUUUCCUGGUACAUUAACAAGGCAUUUAGGCAUUUUGGUUUGCUUUGUUAACACCUCCCCUUAUUUGUCCUUGUUUAGUUGGGCCAGCCACACCCUGGAAUGUUUUCCUGAGCCGCUAAAACAGUUUUAUCCUCCAAACUCUCUUCGUCAAGAGACGAAACAAGUGUUAAAACAACGAGUUGAGGAAGAGUAUAGGAGAUGGAAAUGUAAGUACUUAUAUUAUAACAUGGAUUCACUUAUAGCACGACUUGAUAUCGUAGGGCGGUUACCAAAACAUUACUGGCCGGCCGAACGGUCCGUUUUGGAAAUGAAAUAGUAGCCCUUUCGCAAAAUGUUCCCUAAAACCCACCACUGUCGAGCAUAUAAUUUAGGAAUAGACUGAUCUGUCUGUAUAGUCCUGAUUGAUAGCGGAAUUCUCUUUUCGACGACUGUACUAGCCAGGCAGGCCAGUUCUGACGAAUGGCCUUAGUAUACUAUUUUGGAUACUCUUCUUACAGCGAAAUGGUCCACUUUAGGUAAAAAGAGGUAUCAUGUUUUGUGUUGUGCAGAUUUCUUUGGCUUAAACGAGGCCUAAGUUUGCGUAUAGUCAUCACUAUUAUUCAUUCCAGAUAUUUCUACUUUGCGUUUCUUAUUGGUUUAAAUCUCCCAGCUUCAGCGUAAAACACCCUACUCGAUAUGUUUCCUCGUUGCCUCACUCCUAAGUUGAAUUUUAAGGUAUAGAAAAGACCCUAUUAAUUGUUAAUGACCUUAGUCAUCAUUUAACAACCCAGAACGGGGCAGUCAAUCGCAAAUUUUUAAAUAAAUACCUGCUACCUAAUUUUAGUCAACGCUUUGUUUGUUUGUUUUUCUUUAUUAGCAAUGACGUCAGAAAAUGAACUCUUUGAUCAUUUUGCGGGUCCAUCAUCGACAAAUGUUUUCAUAUGGUGGGUUUACCUCCUUUAAAGUCUUUUUAUUGCAAGCAGUGAUUUGAGAAGAAAUAAGAAGGCGUGCAACUGUAGAAAUGCCAGUAAUAGUGUUUCACUUGAUGAGCCUCUUUUGAUUAUUUCUUUGUUUGUCACCCACCGCCUAACCCUUUGGCCUUGCUAUCGCGCAUGUCUCUUUAUGUAUGGAACCGGGUUUGCAGUGGCGGAUGCAGGGGAGGGGCCCGGGGAGGCCCGGGUCCCCUCCUUAAUUUUAGACCAAAAUGAGGCCCGAAGGGCCGAAAAAAUUUUUUUUUGAGGCGGGCCCCCCUUAUAUCGGGGUCUGGAUGACCGCCCCCCCUACUUAUGGGACCGCCACUGGUUUGUAACGUAAAAUUUGCUGCGGCGCCUGUGUACACGAGCAAAUGAAUUUGUCCCACGUAUAAACGUUUACUCCUGUGGACGGGAUUUUAUUUAAGAAAAUGCUUCCAUUUUUUGUAUCCAAUCACAUGCAAAUGACUACGUUUUGCGUUGCAGUAUUUUAUGGAAGAUGUUACUUGAGUCAGGUCGCCUUAAUCCUGGUUGUCACAGGUGAGGCAGUAACCGAGUUGUUUAGUCAUGCGCAGAACGCAUGAAUCUAACCCCUUUAGCAGGCUUCUGCGUUGGUAAACACACAGGGAUCCGACGCGAUUUGUUUGUGUAACCGCAAAGAGAUCAUCGGUAAACCUAUAGAAAAUGUUUGGAAUCUACCUAAGUUUUGAGUGCGACGUAUUGAGAACUAUAUGCAAGGAUCAAUGGGGUCGCUUUGAUCUUUCCCAUAUAAAUCGGGAAAUAAGAUCGAGGCGACUCGGCUAGUAGGUUAUCAGAAGGCAGAAUCACCAUAUCAUCAACAUAAUCGAAGAAAAGCAUCCUAAAUGCAGGGCUGAGGUUAUGUUCCCAGGGUAGUCAAACUCCAUAAUACGACACAAAAGGGACAUAAGUCCCAAGGGUCCACAUUACAAAGGUGUUCGGUAGGAACUGCAUGUACACUUUGGGGAGAAGGAAAUAUAUCCAGUCCAGUAAUAGAAAGGUGUUCGUAAGGACGCAAAAUAUGGCACCUUCCAAACUUGGUCUUGUUUUUUACUUAAGAGGAUUUUCUUUAAUUCAGAGUUCUGGAGCGCUUGGGAGCACGUGCCUUAUCCGCACACGUGAGAGUGUUUGCUGAUUACCUAGUGCACGAGUUUUCUACAUCUGUUGGAGGAAAGCAUGUGAACAAGGUUUGGAAAGAACUUGUAAUUCACUGUUUUGAUGGGAUACCUAAAGCAACACAACCAAACAUUAUGUAAGAUCAGGUGGCAUAAAUUUUAUUAUAAGUAGGAAAGUAUAAAAAUUUUGUACGUUUUUUUGUUUGUGUUAGAACCGUUUUUAGUGUCAAACUAGGGACCUUCAUAUUCUCAAACAAGAACUUACUAAUAGUGCGCGCGCGCGUGAACUUGCGUUAUUUUGGCGGGAAAACGUGAUAGUCGUCGUCAAUCCAAUCCGGGGUUUAGCGAGAAUAUCGGAAAUGUCGGAAUGUCGAGUGUCGGAUGAUACACAGGCAGCCCAAGCUCAAUUUAGUAGACAAGAGACAAUUAUUAACAUAAGAAUAUGUGUGAGGUGUUGUGUUACAAGGUCGUUCAAUGGAAGGAUUGUAUGCGCAAUCAUCUGUGAGGUGUUGUGUCACAACGGUCGGUUCGAAGAGUAUAAAGGUUUGUAUGGGAUCGCGACUGGUUUAAUUUUUUUGAAAAAGAAAUAAGGCUAAUUUUUGAGUAAAAGUUAAUACCUUCUUUCGAUGUUGUAUUCCUCAUCGAUUUACCGUCUCCAUUGCUUCCACUGCUAACGAAAAGGACUUAGCAGUAGAAUACGCGAAAAAAACUUUAAGUUAAAUUUCGUCCUCGAAUCUAAAGGUCAGUAAUAAUCCAAAUCUGCCCUACUGGUCUUAUAGAUCGAAGUUUUCAGUUGUUUCUUAGUCGCUAUUUAUACACUGUUUUCUCCCUAUCAAGCAUUUUGAUGUGCGCGUAAGAACAGGAUAAAUUGAAGAAGAGCUCCCCAAAAAAUCUGUCGGCUGUCUAUCGACUAACAGUCGGCCUACAGUCGGCCAACAGACGACCAACAGUCGGUCGACAAACGGGCAACAGUCGGCGGACAGUUUUCCAAAAUUGAACUGUUGACCGACGGUCGGUCAACUGUCGGUGAACUUGGCGGUUAUCAUUUGGCAAUCUGGUGGCAAAUGUCAGCGCACGUUUUCGUAACAUUGAAAUUGCACCGUGGGGCGGGACUUGUGUGCGAAAACUGCAGACUGCAAUCUUGCACACUGGCAGGAUUAAAACGAGGUAAACGUUGUUUUGAAAUGAUUUCAAAACUAUGCCUUUCCUAAACUUCAAGUCUUCUAAACGUCUUGGGAUAGUUUUCAGAGCAUUUCACAACAAUGUUUCCCUUGCUUGCCGGCAAGUUUCCCUUCUCUGCAAGGUUACAGUCUGCAUUUGUCGCAUACCUCGUUAUUUUCUCACUGUAAAAAGGAUAAGAUGGUUGUUUACCGAUUGAUUUUGCAUGAUAGUAAGCAAACACAUUCAAAGCAUUCUCAAGGGUAUUACUAUAAAUCACUAUUUGCCGGUGUGAUAAUGGAAGUGAUGAUACUGAUGAUUAUGCCCUCUUUUCUUUACACAGUGUAUCUCGCACCUAAAUGACCUUAUAUGGAAAUAUAACGUUGUCACCUUGGACAGACUUGUACUUUGUUUGGUAAGUUAAAACUCAAUUCUUUAACUCUUUAACUCCCAAGAUCUGAUUAGUAAUUCUCCUUUCUAACUACUAUACAUUUUAUCAAAUGUUAGAUAAGAGAAUUUUGGGUUAUAUCAAUAUAACGUCCUCUGGCUGAUAAAUUUUCGUAUUCUAACUUCCCGUCUGUUGGACAAUUGGCUAUUAUAGGGAGCAUUACACGCCAAUAACUUCUGGAACCACACAAGAACGGCUGCAUAGGAGUCUGUAGUGCAGAACACAUUACCCUUCCAUCUUCCGUUCAUUUGAUUGAAAAUGGCCGUUCGUAACAGUGCGGGGACUGAGUGGUCGUUCGAACCAAUGUGUUUUCAUUGGGCGAGCGUACGCAUGUCUUGACUUACGUCACAUCGUGAAAAGUUUCCUUUUUAUAAGAGUCCUCUUCAUCUUGUCAAAGUAAUAAAUUUGGAAUCUGUUCAUUAUCGAGUCAGCAUGUGUGAUCUAUGUUUUUUAUUGCCAGUGAUUGUUUUGAAAAUAACCGUACUAGGAUUAUUUAAACGUUCAGAUAUAAUAAACAUGGAGUGUUUAAAAACAAGUGUAUGAUUAUUAUACCCUUGGGGAAAAGAAACAAACUGAAUGACACCAAUCAGCUUUGAUGACUAUUUUUUGGCCUCAUAGCCGCAUAGAAUGGACAGGUCAAUUUCAAAGGUCAAUUACGCCCUUAAAAUAAUCGUCUGUGCAGAUUAUGUGAAUGAUCUCUCCCAUUAAUACUUUAGAUGUGGGAAGCUAUAAAGAUUAGCAUUUUUGCUCCUUACUUCUGAUAAACUGAACAAGAUAACGUACAAUCUGUUGUUGUGGUGUUUGAUUUCUUUCAAAACGCGUUAGAGUGCGUGAUUAGUGGAAUCCUGACCAAGUAAUUCAAUAUUUAAAUUUUUCUAAGGAUUUGAGGGUGCAUAAUUAUUAGCAUUCUUUCGAUACUGGCGAUUCUUUGUGAUCAAACGCAAAGGUGAGCUGCCUUCUUUGUCAAGUUUUUCUUGCGAGUUCAGAUUUCUGUUGUUGUGUUUGCUUUGGAGAUGAGCAUGCAUAACACAAGAUCCACUAUCAGAGAGCGAACCAAGUUUAUGCUCAACAAUGAUCGAUUUAGUGAUUUGAAGUUUGUUGUUCGUAAGGCGGAUUGUGACUCUAGACGAACGCAAGUGAUUCCAGCUCACAAGUUUGUCCUGGCGAUUGGCAGUCCUGUGUUUGAAGCCAUGUUUUACGGUGAACUGGCGGAGUCUAGAGACACCAUUGAACUGCCGGAUUGUGAUUACGAGAGUAUGUUGGAGUUGUUUCGUUUCAUGUACUGCGAUGAAGUGAACUUGACUGGAGAUAAUGUAAUGGGUGUACUAUAUUUGUCGGAGAAGUACAUUCUGCCCUCACUCGCUGACAAGUGCACGGAAUAUUUACAAGAUCAACUAGAUUCGUCUAAUGUUUUCAGCAUUUUGCCUUUAGCUCAGAAAUAUGAAGAGCAAAACCUGGUGGAUCGGUGCUGGAAAUUGGUCGAUGAAUGGGCGAAAGAGGUUGUCAAACCUGGUAACGGGUUUUUGACAAUUGAGAGAUCCUUACUUGAAGCAAUAAUCGUGAGAGACACUUUAAACAUCAAGGAGGUCGAGUUGUUCUGUGCUGUUGAUUUAUGGGCAAGAAAAGAAUGCGAUCGACAAGGUUUGCCAGCAGAUGGAGAAACUAAAAGAAGAAUUCUUGGACAAAAAAUCGUCAAAGCCAUACGUUUCCCUACAAUGGAUCAAGUCGAGUUUGCAGUAGUGGCUUUAGAGAGUAAAAUCUUAACGACUGAAGAAAUCGUCAGCGUCAUAAAACACAUGAAUUCGGUGUCAUUACCUUGUCCCGUAGGAUUCCCAGAUCAUAAAAGAUCGGGUUAUCUGGGCGAAAUUCAGUAUUGUUGUAGAUUCGACACAGUGGCACACCACAGCUGGAGUUAUGGUUCUUUAAGAGAUUGUAUAAACGUGUCUACAGACAAAGAUAUUUAUUUGCAUGGCCUGCGUCUUUUUGGCAGAGAGAACAACAGUUAUUGGGUAGAUUUAGAAAUAAAAAACGCUGAAAAUAGGUCAGUGUUAUUGUCCAAGACUGGAUGGUUUGCCUCCGGUCUUUUACCGAUCAAGCUAGGCCACUUUUAUGGGUUUGAAGUGUUGUUUGAUGAGAUAAUCUGGUUAAAACGACACGUUACUUACUCCAUAGAAGCUUUAAUCACUGGUUCAGCCUCUUUUAGUGGAGCAAAUGGUCACAAAGAUGUAAAAUGUUCAGGCGUAACUAUAACCUUUAUUAAUAGUAAGUACUCUGGAAAUGGAACCAGUAUUCGACAAGGCCAGUUUCCAGAAUUAGUGUUUAGCAUCUAAACAGUAUUGGCCCUUAAAGCUUCAAGGAAAAAGAAAAUGUUGAAAUUUUGGGCUUUUCGUUUAGAAUGCUGAUAUCGCUUACCUUGUAACAUGUUUUAUGACCAACGUAUUAAAAUCUACAUGUUAGUGAAGUUGAGGAUAGUUUGUUGUCUUUUUGCGUUUUGGUUGUAUUAUCAGAAGUAGUCGCUGCUUCCUUUUUUUUCAGUAGUUCAACAGUCCUGUUUCGUUUAAAAUAUAAACAGAACUUAAUUGGAGAUUAUUUGUAUUUUAGUACUUGAGGAAACCUCUUUUUAUUAAGGUAGCAGAAAUCAAUGCUUACAAGACGCGAUUGGUUGAAGCGUUUAGCUUUUUUUUCCCCGUCACUUCAGCAAUGAUAUAUGGUUUUUGUUUGGUUCAGGCUGUUUUUGUCGCAAAAAGUUCGUUUGCUUAGGAUCAAAUGUCUUCUAUGGUUAUUUUUUUUCUGUUUCCAGGCAUUGCGCAGCCAUGAGGGAAAUGAAGCUCAAGUUUGCUUCUUCAUCAUUCAGCUAUUGUUACUGAAACCAAAUGAAUUCAGAACUCGUGUUAAUGCUUUCAUACGAGAGGUAUGUUUUUUUGUACACGUGUGAUGGUACUUGGAAUUGUCUAUUGCAUUUUAAGCAAUGUUUAACGACGAGAACAACAGCCCGGUGAUUUAAACAUGAACUGCGAGUUUAUUGGCGGGAUCAGAGUGGGGGUGGGGUUGAGAGAAAGGGGGGGUUGAUGUUAAGCGUAGCGAGUGGGAAACCCGCGAGAACUCACGGAAUGAAGAAGUUUCGCACGAUAAAUCUGACCUAAGUGAACAGCUUUAAAAACGUUUGCCGUAGAUCUUUUCAUUCUUAAUACAGUCUUUAGAGUAUAUUGUCAUCCGGGCCGGAAACAGGCGGAGAUACAACUCAGCCAUAUGUACAUCACAUAUGCAGAAGUUCAUUCAAUCUUGCUUUCCAUUGUCAUUCCUUUACGAAUUUUUAACCGCGUUUCGUGUUUCAAACUUGAUAAAACACUCCUGCUUGUGUACUAGAAAAUAUCUUUUGUAAACAUUUCAUACGUGUCUUGAUUUUAACUAUAGAUUUUAAAAGGUAAUGUUAUUCAUGUGUUUAUUUUUCGUAGAACUCUCCUCAACACUGGCUUCAAAGCGACUGGCAUCAAAAACACAUGGCCUAUCACACUGUAAGUUGCAAGUUGACCUCGCUUAAUUCAGUUUUUAUAUAUUUAUUUAUUCAUUUUUAGUGCUUUUACAAAAUGACGCGUGAAAAAUUGAAUCUGUAAUAAUGUUUAACCAUGCUAAUUUUUACGAUUUGGCCCGAACUUCCUGUACCUCAAUAUUGACCACAUGAGGUCCUUAGCUUGUUGGCUUAGCUUGUUCAGAGUUUUACCUUUCGGCAGUUGGUCGGUUUCACCACCCUCAGUUGUAAUCAAACUGCCUCUUGUCAUGUCUUGUAGACAAGUGGUAUAAUGUUUCUUGCUCGAAUGUGUUUCUUUCAGAGCUAUCCUGAGAGAUUCUACUUUGAAGGGUUGCUGGAAUUCGCUGGAGCAUCUGUACCUACAGUACAAUACUUGCCAAUUUACUUUGGUAAUGUGUGCUUGAGGUUUCUACCGGUAAGUGCCCAGGCGCUUCUUGGCUGUAUGGGUUGGAGAAGGCUUUUUAGAAAACGCAUUUUCUCCAAGAAAUGUUAUCGUGUUGUUUUAUAUACUGACCUAUUAUCCUUUCAGGUGUUUGAUAUCGUUAUCCAACGUUUCCUGGAGCUUUCGCCGGUGUACAAAUCGCUUGAAAGUCUUCUUGAUCAUCUAGGAUGCUUGUAUAAAUUUCACGGUUUGUUGCUUCAUUUUAUCAUUUGAACUUCGACAAAAUAAUUGCCUAAAUAGUUUUCUAUUUGACAGGACGUUUUUUGCUAUUGCCGAAACUACGAGAUGUGAUGACUAUUAACAUGUUGCGUUUGAGAAAUCUUUUGAGGCUUUGAAAGAGGUUUUUAUACAAAGAAAUUAAACCAGACAAUCACAGUAGAUACAAAACUUCAUGAACCAAUCAACGCGUAGCUGGCGCCAAAGCGCGGAAAGACGCGUGCGACAAAAAGUCACGAUUGAACGAUUGGUUUUGAUUCAAAGGAGGUCAGGAGGGUGCUGGAAAUUCAAACUGAAAGUUUUACCGGAGGGUUAAUUGAAUGAAAAGCACCUUGUGUUACCCCAAUGACUUCAAUUUUUAAAAGUUAUUUCACGUCUCAUCAGGUGAAAAAGCCAGAUUUUUUGGCGAAAUUAAAAUGAGAAAUUCAACAUGUUCUUUCACAACCACUCUAAUCUUUUGCUUCGCUUUUCUCGGCCAGGCUCGGGAUACCAAGCUUACCCAUUUUAGUUGCACUGUGAAUUGUCUAAUAAAGUAUUUCUUUGUUUUAAAGAUCGUCCUGUAACAUUCUUGUACAAUACACUGCACUACUAUGAGCACUGUCUCCGAGACAAACCUGCUCUGAAGAAAAAACUGGUCGGAGCUAUUAUCGGUAAGUUUGCUUGUAAACGGAAAACAUGAAAUCAUAACUUUCUCAACCAAAAUAAUCUGUGUGCUGGGAAUAGUCUCUCUGAUCUUCAGAUGAGCUUUAACAGUUGAAAAUAAACCAAACUAAUAACAAAAUGUAUAUUAACAAGUUGUGGUUGACUCCAUAUCGAGUCCCGGUUUCAAAAUGAUUUUCUUUCAGGUUCUCCCAUGUUUAACUCACUGCUUCAGUAAUUCAUACGUUUGUCUCUCAAUUCCAUAAAUCCGUUUGCAGCGUAUUUCAUCAACCACAUUUUAAAAUUUUCAGAUGUGAGAUACUAAAAGCUGGCAGUGCCAGAUCAAUUUGCUGAUUAAGAGUAAGACCAUCUUGUACAUUCUCACGGCUACUUAUACUGAACUACAUGCCAGGCUGGACUGUGAGUUUUGUUCGGCUUAGGGAUGUAAAUAAGGAGCUGAGCCACGGCGACGACGACAACGACAGUAUCAAAAAACAAUUCUGGUUUUAGGAGCAAAACAACAACUCUGUGCGUGCAUCACGCUUUGUACAUUUCUUUGACGUCCUCUACUGCACCACUACGACGUUUUGAAACCUCCUAAGGCUAAUGCGAUGUUUUAUGGAGGACGUCAACAUACGACGACGAAUUUUCAUUUCUCUUGUUGAACAGGGAUAAAUUCCGUAAGAAUUCAACUCCAGGAAAAAUCGCCCACAUUUGACAAAACUGACCUGGUCAAAAUAGACGCGAUAUGGUUUGAAAGGACACCAAUUCAAUUUUUUGGCGACGUUUUCAUUGUCGUCGUCGUUGUCGUUGCUUAAGCUCAUUAAUAGAGAGUUUUAGAUCCGAGUUUACCGCGAACCUCUAACCGCGGUUUGCGGUUACGCGUUUGCGGUUCGACGUUCAAACAUAAUUCGAUUUAGAUUGGCGGUGGAUUAAAUUACGGGCGCCAUUUUGAAUCAGCGGCCAUGAAUGGCACUUGUUUUGAAGAUCCAAUAGGAUUUAUAAAAUUUAGCAUUUUGCCCGAAUUUUUGCCUUAGUUAAUGGAUAAAGACUUGCUCCACAAGAUUUUUGUAUCAUUACGUGGGAUGAAACAAGAAUUAUACGCUAAAAGCUUUCAGGUAAAUGACAUACGUGAAAACCUACCUCCCCACGUUGAAAACGCACGUCGUAAACCUCAAACGUGACGCGAAAGACUUGUCACGUGACCUCCAGCGGUUAGAGGUUCCCGGUAAACUCGGAUCUAAAACUCACUAUUGUCUUAUUACUCGCAACAGGUGCACGGAGAGAUGUUCUUCCUUCAGGCUGGUGAGCAAUAGCUUUUUCUGUGAUUAGUUAUCAGCUACUCGAAGGUCGGACCUUUUGUGUUGGCACUCUUAGAGGGAGGGCUAUCCUGUCUAAUAGCACUGAAUAGUAGUUGCUUUUGAUGACUUUGAUGGAUUGAAAUCCCCUUUGCGAAGACCAGCAAAGAGAUAGACAAGGUAGUGGUAGCGAGAGUAAGGGAAACAACGGUGAAAAAAUCUUCGAAUUGACGCAAAGUCUCCUCAUUACUGCUGACCAAAGAUCUAAGGAAAGUUAAAGUUAAAGGACUUAAGACAUUUAUAGUCGCAAGUUUGGCAAACAGGCCCAUAUGUUUUCUUGUAAGGCCCUGUACACUUGCAUCUUGAUGUUUUUGAAAACGGAGUUUUUUUCUCCUUUUUCGAAAAAAUACGCACCACACGUAGCGUAUUCGAAUUGUUUUUGCUCGUCACCCGAAAACGCUGAAACAAUGGAGAUACGAUAGCAUGCCUUACAGAGGACGAGAUGUAUGAUGUUAUGACAUAUCCUGUUUGAUGAGGCAAAGGAGCUCACGGAAGCCAAUAAGACUUAUGAAUGACCACCUUUAAAAAUAUAUGACUAAAUUAUGAAAUAAAAUACUAGCAUCGGCAAAACAAUUUAACUAAACACAUACAAUUUCUUAUAACAUAGAAAAUAAUCAUUAAAGAGGAUAAAAAUAGAUAAGGCUAAAUGCGCAAAUGCAAAGUCGAUAAGCCGGCGUUUUCAAAAAUCUCCACGUUGGGGACCGUUUUUGAAAACCUGCCUUUUUGGAACCCGAAAACCCCUUUUUACGUGUGGACGAAAAGCUAAGGCCCUGUCUACACUAAUGCGUUUUUAAAAGAACGCGUUUUCGUUGUCAUCGAAAACGCAUGGUCGAUUCGAGUCCACGCUACCUUUUUGAUGCGUUUUCGACUGUUCACACUAAAACGUUCGAAACAAUAGAAUAAUGAUUGUACGUUGUGACGUAAGUUGAACUCUAUUCGCGUGCACACGCCAGCGAUAUUUUCGGUCAUCGUUUUCAUUUUGAUGUGUUUUCGACCUUUCACACUAAUACGAUAUGAAUGCGUUUUCGUUUUGAUCCACUUUCAAGAGCGUUUUCAAAUCGAUGCGUUUUCAUUGAAAAAGCGCAGAUUGGAAACGCUCAGGUUAUUAGUGUGAACGGAAAGCCUAAACGCAUCGAAAUGUAUGCGUUUUCAAACGAAAACGCAUCAGUGUGGACAGGGCCUAAAACGGAAAAACUCUCCGUUUUCAAAAAUAUCCGGAUACGUGUGGACGGGGUCUUAGAGAAGAUGAAGUCUCAUCCGCUCUUGUUUCAUUCCUCAUGAGGAAUAAGCUGAAUACCAAAAUACUCUUAGCUACAGAGUAUUUUUCUCUUCAGAAAAUAAGAACCCCCAAUUGCCUAAAUUUGUGCUAGUAACGAUUUAUGUAAGAACCUGUUUAGGCUAACUUGAGAAAAUGCAGGUUCUUACUAGCGGGUUUUUACUGUAUUACAAGUCAGACGUGAACUUGUUGAUAUACACUUGUUUAAUCAACAGGUGUCUUUCCGAGGGAUACUUAGAAUAUCUUUCCAGGACUGACGAUACAUCGUGGACCCCGGAUCUUGCUUAUUACUGCUCCUUGAUUGGUAGACUUGUGGAUAGUAUCCUUUGUUUCGUUUGCUUGUUAAACAGUCAUGACAGGAAGGAAUAAAGAUUAUUCAUCUCUUGGUUAGAGUAUGUUUAGAUGCACUCAGCCUCUGCUUCUUUGUGGGUGCUAACUGCAAGCCUCUAAUGUCAACUGUACUGUGUGAAUUGUCUUGUAAUUCCUCUGGCCAACCAGUGAAUCUUUGUUGACGUCAUUGUUUACAUUAUUGCUGAUUGGCAUAUGAGUUAACCCGUAUAAGGCAUCUCCGUAUGCACAAAUUAAUUUGUGCAAUUUUCGGCUCGUUGCAAGCAAUAACAAGACGCUGUGGGAGCGUAUAUUUGGACGUCGUUUUACUACGGGUAGUGAAGUUUUUUAUGUGUAUUAGAGAUGUGUGAGUAGUGUAAUAGCGUUGUAUAUUUUAAGGGUUGUUUGAGAUGCGUGAAGUGGAAGAUAAACUCCUUGACACUGCAAAGCGAUUGCUGGAAAAAGCCCGCCUCCAUUCCCGGCUUGUGAUUGGCGGUUCAACGAGUUUGCAAACCCUGCUGCACAUGCGCUAUAUGCAACGUGGGUGGAGCUAAUGGCCCUACCUGUCAAAGGACCAGAAGUGGGGAAUAAACUGUUUGACGUCAUAUUUAAAGGAAGCUUCGUCACUGACAACGCUAACAUUCGAACAAACAUCUUAGAAUGGAUCAAUGCUGUGGGAUUAGUUUUGUCGUCACUUCCGGUAAAUCUCUAUUUCUUAUCCACUUCAUGUUUCAUGUUGUUGAGCCGGUCAGGGAGGCUUAUACAGUUAAUUGACUGCUACAAGGCCUUGAAAAAGCUUUCUCAAAGAGGCUAUGUCAGGCUAUUUGCUACCUACUUUAAAAGCUUGUAUUUUCAUCAACUGAAUUCCAAAAGUAAUGGUCUAGUUUUGUUAUUAAGACAAUAUUUAGGCAUUGAAACUGUUUUCUGUCGUCUGUUGAAACAGAUGGUAAAAGUAAACAUGGAUUCACGUGAAAAAUGGAAAAGUUGGGCUAACGAUUUGAAGUUUUAAUUCUAUGUCUGCAAAAAUGACUACUGGAAAAAAUUAUGAUGGUUAAUAGUGCUUCCUGAUGAAAUUUGUCUGAUAUCUUCUCCAUAACUGCACAGGAGCAUUUUGUGUAUGAGGUAAAGGCAGUAAGUAAUGACUUUAGCACAGAACUGUCAUAAAACAGCAAUAUUCUGGUAGCAUAGCCUCUUUAAAUUUCCUGCUGAAGAGACCAAUACCUCUCUUUUUGUUUAUCAGAAACCUUACUGGAGCACGGUGUAUGAAAAAAUCUGCGAGGCUCUCACAAAGGAUCUCACCGUGCGGGAAGUAUCUACGGCCCCCGUCAUGCUCGAGGAUUUGGGUAAAGGCGCCACUUUUCCCUACUCGUUUUUAGAUUUUUCCACCAAUGUGGCCAUGCAUUCAGAGACCAAUGCUGAUUAUAUACUGGCAGUCACUCAUGCGCUGUGGCAUCAUGCAAGUAUCGGCCAGCUGAGUCAGGUCCCAGAGUAAGUAUAUUGUCAUCGAUCCAUGGAGAAUUCACCUUCUUCUAAUUUAUCUGUUGAUACCCGCUUUAUGUGUUAAGUCUAUCCUAUUUUCCUGAUCUUUCUUAUGUAUUUAGUGAUGGAAAUAAGAGAGUCAGCAUGAGAGGCAUUUGUGUUGAAUUGAAUUUGAGAAAACCAAGUUAAUAACCAGUUUGUAACCCAGAGCACAAGUCGAGAAACACAACUUUUGAAUAAUUCAGGGGCACCCAACGAGGUUAUUGUUCAAAACCACUUAACAUAGCAUUGUUGAACGUAUUUUAGUAUUUAAACGGUAGAUAUAGGCAUAUUUUUAUCCCCUAAAAACUUUUCAUCUGUUCGGAUUUCCUAGCUGAAAGUCUAGUGAUCCGAAAAUUGUAGGGAUCAAAACUCACUUUUUCGAAAAUUUCAGCCAGGAAAAGGCUCCCGAAAAUUCUAGGGGGCCUUUUUUAGGGUAAAUAUCCGUUUAAAAUUGGUAAUUAUACCAUUUUGUAGAUGUUCGAAAAUCCUAGGAGGGGCAGGCAAGCAAGAAAUUUUACAACAAAUGUUCCGAAAAUUCUAGUUCUCAAAUCGUCUUCCGAACAGAUAUUUUCCCGAAAAUUGCCGUUGGGUGCCCCUGAUAAUUUGAAUAAAUAAGUAAGACCCGUUUUGGCUAAACUUAUAGUUCAACCUCAACUAGCGUUUUCCCUCGAAUCGAAGCUCUCAAACUGCUUUGUGACGUUCUGUGUUUUUGUUUUCGUUUUUGAAACAGUCGGCUUAAUGAAAAGAAGUGUCUCGUGAACCUUCACGACGCGAAAAAUGUCGAUAACUGUCCAAGUUAAGAUAGAAGUACUUUUCAGUUGCUACUGUGGUGCUCAUUUCUUGAUAACUUGCAGAUUUCCGUCUGCGUAUAAAUUAGUGCGGUGUGCAAAACAGCUUGCGUGAAGUGGAAAAAAGUUUAUGAAAUCCCCUUUAUGAAAGAUCUCGCUGAACCGUUAUUCAAAAACAUUAUGAAAUAGAAUCCAGGGAAAGGGAGAACCUUGAUUGAAAUGUGUUGCCAUCAUUACCUCUUGUUGUUUCUUUUCUCAUUUUUACCGGCAACAUAAUAAUAAUAGUAAUAAUAAUGAUGAUGAUGAUGAUAACGAUGAUGAUAAUGAUGAUGAUGAUAAUAAUGAUGAUGAUAAUAAUAAUAAUAAUAAUAAUAAUAAUAAUAAUAAUAAUAGGGGGUAAACACAUAACGGCAAAGAUGACAAAUCAUUGGCCCUCUACAAAUACAAAACUAAUGUACAAUUACUUCGUGUUUGAAGGUUUGUUCGUGAACGUGUAUCACCACUUGUCACAAAUGAAGCUCAAUUUCUUUACGUGUGUCAUCUUGUCGGACCUUUUCUGCAGCGGUUUCUACAAGAACGACCAAGGUGUCUUCAAGAGGUAUUCACCCAAUUUUCCACUUUUUAG